UUUCAGAUAUCUUCUCAGCCUCUAAGGAGGCUCAGCUACAUUCCAUAUUAAAGACUGAUAACUUUAUAAAAUUGGCUCAAAAUGGCCUGGCGUUUUAAAGCCUCUAAGUAUAAAAAUGCAGCCCCCAUCGUACCAAAGCCCGAAGCCUGUAUACGGGAUAUUUGCGUUGGAUCAUAUCAGACAUAUGGGAACAAUAUAUGUGCAUCGGCUGCUUUUAUGGCGUUUAACUGGGAACAUGUAGGAUCCAGUAUGGCAGUUCUGCCGCUCGAUGAUUGUGGAAGGAAGAGCAAAACAAUGCCUUUGUUGCACGCGCACUCCGACACUAUCACUGAUAUGGAGUUUUCGCCAUUCCACGAUGGUUUGCUGCUAACUGGCUCUCAGGAUUCAUUGGUAAAAGUCUGGCAUAUACCUCAAGAAGGUUUAAAGGAAUCUCUGUCAACUCCUGAAUGUACGUUAUCGCAGAAGCAACGCAGAGUUGAGAAUGUGGGCUUUCAUCCGGUAGCCGAUGGGUUGAUUCAUGUUGCGUCUGGACACGAUUUCGCUUUGUGGGAUUUGACCACGCAGAAAGAGGCCUUUGUAAAUAAGGAUCACGGAGAAGUAAUUCAGUCGACAUCUUGGAAGAAAGAUGGCAAGCUUGUGGCUACGUCCUGCAAGGAUAAGAAGGUUCGAAUCUUGGACCCAAGAGUUGAGAGUCCAGUGCUUGGAGUUGCUAACAGUCAUCAAAACAUUAAGGAUAGCCGGCUGGUAUGGCUUGGAGAUACCGACAGAAUCCUUACCACUGGUUUUGACUCGGCUCGCCUACGUCAAAUAAUGAUCCGUGAUAUUCGCAACCUGUCCCAAACUCAGAAGACCUUAGAAUUGGAUUGCUCCACCGGUGUCCUGAUGCCUCUCUUCGACCCGGACACUAAUAUGCUAUUUUUGGCCGGCAAGGGAGACACAACGAUACUUUAUAUGGAGCUGAGUGAUAGGGAGCCUUAUCUCAUUGAGGGGUUGAGGCAUUCUGGUGAACAAACAAAGGGCGCGUGCUUAGUGCCUAAACGUGCUCUCCGAGUGAUGGAAGGGGAAGUGAACCGUGUGCUGCAGUUGACCGGAUCCUCUGUCGUGCCUAUUAUGUAUCAAGUGCCGAGGAAGAGCUACCGCGAGUACCACGCGGACCUGUACCCGGACACGCGCGGCGCCGUCACGUUCCUGAGCGCGCCCAUGUGGCUGCAGCACCAGGACUGCGCCGUGCCCAGCGUGUCGCUGCACCCCGCCGAGCGCGCCGCACAGGUACAUAGAGGAAACCUCGAAGAAUUGGUCAAAGCAAUAUUAGCAAUGCCGGUGCCAAAGAAAAAUGAUCAAAAACCGAUCGUAACCCAGAAAGUUGAGGAACCAGUGAAGCAAACCCAAAAACAAGUGCAGCAAGAACAAACAGACGAAGAUAGACUAGACUUUGUGAAUGUUAAAGAUCUCAUCAAGGGUAUGGAGAAACAGAAACCAGAACCAAGAGAGUAUUCAAAGGAAACAAACGGUUUCCAGAAGAAAAUUACAGAUAACGGUCACGAUUAUGAGAAAAAACUCGAAGAUGAAGAUUUACAAAAGCCUGAGGAAGAUGAGAAGACAAUCAGAUCGGACAAAUCCCUUGAAAAGACCGAAAGUUCAGAUUCAUCAGAGUCUCUAUCGAGGAGCAAUAGUUAUGUUAAUGGUGUUCCAGUUCAAGUGCCCAAACCUUUGCCUAGGUCAUCUAUAUCUGAAGCGGGUUCGUCUGAUGACCAGGUUUCCGAAGCUCCCAAACCUAAGCCUAGGACUACAGCGAUUCCUGUUUCUGGUUAUAAGCCUCGUUUAGGACCAAAGCCGUUCUCAGCGUCAGCGGGUAGUGAAGAGUUCUCAUUUGACAAAGUGUUCUCCGUGCCAGUUGUGCCAGGACUUACUAAGUCUGACUCGGGAUCAUCCCCCGUCACAUCUGAAGCUCGUCCCGUUAAAGAUGAAGAGAAAGAGAAAUCACUUUCGCCGACUAGCGAUGUCGAAGUCGCUCCUAACAAAGAAGAAUAUACAAAUGGAAAGUCAGACACGAGCCUGGAGGAGGAAGUCAAUUCUUCGGACUCGGGAUACAGACCGAAGACACCGAGCACUGCUGACAGGAGAAAGAUGUUUGAGGCCACUGAGUGCGGCGCCGGCCAGUCCAUCGCGGCGCGGCGGCGCGCGUACGAGGCGCGCUCGGCCAGCGCGGCGCCCGAGCACGACGCGCCGCCCUCGCCCGCGCCGCUCAGGCGACGAGACUCUUUGAAAUCUCGUAAAAGCCCCGAUCGCGAAGAAAAACGAUCAUCUGUACCCAAUGUUACGACAAAGAGAACAUCUACAGUAUUUGGCAAAGUCUCCAAGUUCCGACACUUGAAGGGUACGCCAGGACACAAAUCCACCCACGUUGAAAAUAUUAAGAACAUUAGCAGGCAAAUCUCUGGAGAGUGCAAUGGCUUUUAUGGCAACGGCGUGCGCUGCGCCGUGCCGGUGGGCGGCGGCGGCGGCGGCGGGCGGCUGGGCGUGGUGGAGCUGCCGCGCGGCAGCACGAGCGCGGCGCGCGCGCCGCCGCACCACCCCGCCGCGCUGCACCCGCCCGCGCUGCUGCACGCGCAGCCGCUGGCCGACUGGGCCUUCGACCCCUUCGCCGAGCGCCGCCUGCUCGUGGCCUGCGACGACGGCUGCGUGCGCGAGUGGCUGCUGCCCGACGACGGCCUCCAAGAAUCGACGAACGAGCCCAACCGUACAUUCUCCGCUCACCCCGACAAGAUAUACAUCAUACGUUUCCACCCGACCGCUUCUGACCUCCUAACGACAGCCGCUCACGACCUAACUAUCAAGAUCUGGGAUCUCAGCCAAGAAACACCGACAGCGGAGAUCACGUUGACUGGUCACACUGAACAGAUAUUCGCACUCGAUUGGUCGACUUGUGGGGAAUAUCUAGCUACUGUUUGUAAGGAUGGAUACGUACGGAUAUUCAAGCCUCGCUCCUCAGCAGAGCCGUUGAGACGCGGUCCGGGCCCGGUCGGUAGUCGCGGAGCUCGCAUAGUGUGGGCGUUACACGACACACACCUCGUGCUCACCGGCUUCGAUAAGGUGUCAGAGCGUCAGAUACUUUUGUACAACGCGAGCGACUUAUCAACACCGGUUUGCACUGUUGGACUUGACGUAUCACCCGCUAUUCUGCAUAUUCACAUCGAUCACGACUCCAACACGCUCUUCCUGACUGGUCGGGGUGAUUCCACAAUAUACUGCUACGAAGUGACUAGCGAGGCGCCGUACUUGUGCGCGUUGUCGCACCACCGCUGCGCUACCUUGCAUCAAGGAAUCGUAUUCCUGCAGAAGAAUUUGUUAGCCGUUGAAAAGGUGGAGUUUGCGAGAGCGUUAAGGUUGACGAAUGGUACCAUCGAGCCGUUAUCUUUCACCGUUCCAAGAAUAAAGAGCGAGCUGUUCCAAGACGACCUGUUCCCGCCCACGCUGGUGACGUGGAGCCCGUGGCAGAGCGCGCGCUCCUGGCUCGCGGGCGAGCGCGUGGCGCCGCGCACCGCCAGCCUGCAGCCGCCCGGCAUGGAGUCGCUGUCGAGUCAACAAGCCACGGCGCCAGCCAAAGAAAAGCCCCCGCAGAAACCAAAGCCGGACCUCAUCAAGUCACACGUACCCAUGGAUCCCAAGGAGAAACAAGAUAGCAUAAUGAAAGCAAUGAGCGCUAAAGUGACAAUGAAUCUCAAGCUGGAACAGGACAGCAUGGAGGGGGUCGACGAGUCUGAAUGGGACCAAUGAACACCCUACAUUCAGCGAGACCGAAUGAAUGGAAACAUAUGAAUUAUUCACUGAAUGUAUUUGAAUUAUAAUAUUCUUAAACCAUA